CGCUCCCCACCCCCAUCCCGCCGCGGCCGGGUUCCAACGUGUGAUCCCGCGGAGGGAGGCGUAGGUGCUGCUAAGACUGCCGUACCGUGCGCUCGCGACACGUGGUGCCAGCCAUGGCGAUGGAUCAAGUGAACGCGCUGUGCGAACAGCUGGUGAAAGCGGUGACGGUCAUGAUGGACCCCAGCUCCACCCAGCGCUACAGGCUGGAAGCCCUCAAGUUUUGUGAAGAGUUUAAAGAAAAGUGCCCUAUCUGUGUCCACUGUGGCUUGAGGCUGGCUGAGAAAACACAGAUUGCCAUCGUCAGACACUUUGGUCUUCAGAUAUUGGAACAUGUUGUCAAGUUCCGGUGGAAUAGCAUGUCUCGCCUGGAGAAGGUCUUCCUGAAGAACAAUGUCAUGGAGCUGAUUGCAAAUGGAACAAUGAACAUUUUGGAAGAGGAGAACCACAUUAAAGAUGGCCUGUCACGAAUCGUGGUAGAGAUGAUCAAACGAGAGUGGCCGCAGCAUUGGCGCGACAUGCUGGCAGAGCUGGACACACUGUCCAGGCAAGGGGAAACACAGACAGAACUGGUGAUGUUCAUCCUUUUGCGCCUGGCGGAAGAUGUAGUGACCUUUCAGACUCUUCCCCCUCAAAGAAGAAGGGAUAUUCAGCAAACCUUAACCCAGAACAUGGAGAGUAUCUUCAGUUUCCUACUCAACACACUGCAGGAAAAUGUGAACAAAUACCAACAGAUGAAAACAGAUACUUCUCAGGAGUCAAAGGCUCAGGCCAGCUGUCGGGUUGGAGUUGCAGCAUUGAACACACUUGCUGGCUACAUUGACUGGGUGUCCAUGAGUCACAUCACGGCUGAGAACUGCAAGCUGCUGGAGAUGCUGUGCCUGCUUCUGAACGAGCAGGAGCUGCAGUUGGGAGCAGCCGAGUGUCUUCUCAUUGCUGUCAGUAGAAAAGGCAAGUUGGAAGACCGGAAGCCCUUGAUGGUUUUAUUUGGAGAUGUUGCCAUGCAUUAUAUACUCUCUGCUGCCCAGACAGCUGACGGAGGCGGCUUGGUGGAGAAGCACUACGUCUUCCUCAAGAGACUCUGCCAGGUGCUCUGUGCACUGGGCAGCCAGCUGUGUGCGCUGCUGGGCGGAGACUCUGAUGUAGAAACACCAGUGAAUUUUGGGAAAUACCUGGAAUCUUUUCUUGCUUUCACAACCCACCCAAGUCAGUUUCUGCGUUCUUCAACUCAGAUGACUUGGGGAGCCCUCUUCAGGCAUGAAGUCCUAUCUCGGGAUCCUGUGCUAUUAGCAAUCUUACCGAAAUAUCUUCGUGCUUCUAUGACCAACUUGGUCAAGAUGGGUUUUCCUUCUAAGACAGACAGUCCGAGCUGUGAAUAUUCCCGAUAUGAUUUUGAUAGUGAUGAGGACUUCAACGCUUUCUUCAACUCCUCCCGAGCCCAGCAAGGAGAAGUGAUGAGGAUGGCGUGUCGUUUGGAUACCAAGACCAGCUUCCAGAUGGCCGGCGAAUGGCUGAAGUAUCAGCUGUCAAGCCCUGUGGAUGCUGGAGCUGUGAAUUCCUGUUCCCCUGCACCUGGAACCGGUGAGGGAAACCUCUGCUCCAUCUUCUCACCCGCCUUUGUGCAAUGGGAGGCUAUGACUUUUUUCCUGGAAAGUGUGAUCAACCAGAUGUUUCGGACACUAGAGAAAGAAGAAAUCCCUGUCAACGACGGCAUAGAGCUAUUGCAGAUGGUCCUGAACUUUGACACCAAGGACCCACUCAUCUUGUCCUGUGUCCUCACUAACAUCUCGGCGCUCUUCUCUUUUGUUACCUACAGGCCAGAGUUCCUGCCCCAGGUCUUCUCUAAGCUGUUUUCAUCUGUCACUUUUGAAAGUAUUGAUGAAAAUAAGGCCCCCCGCACCCGCGCGGUGAGGAACGUGAGGAGACACGCAUGCUCGUCCAUCAUCAAGAUGUGUCGCGACUACCCUGAGCUUGUGCUGCCCAGUUUCGACACGCUGUACAACCAUGUGAAGCAGCUCUUCUCCAAUGAGCUGCUGCUCACACAGAUGGAGAAAUGCGCCCUCAUGGAGGCCCUGGUGCUCAUCAGCAACCACUUCAAGAACUACGAGCGUCAGAAGCUGUUCCUGGAGGAACUGAUGGCGCCAGUGGCCAGCAUGUGGCUUUCUGAAGAUAUGCACAGAGUGCUGUCAGAUGUUGAUGCUUUCCUUGCCUAUGUUGGUGCAGAUGUGAAAAGCUGUGACCCCGCUGUGGAGGACCCCUGCGGUUUCAACCGCGCUCGAAUAAGCUUUUGUGUAUACAGCAUCCUGGGUGUCGUGAAGCGAACUUGCUGGCCCAGUGACCUAGAGGAGGCCAAAGCGGGGGGCUUCGUGGUUGGCUAUACACCCAGUGGGAACCCCAUCUUCCGCAACCCUUGCACAGAACAGGUUCUGAAGCUGCUGGACAACUUGCUUGCCCUUAUAAGAACCCACAACACGCUGUAUGCACCGGAGAUGCAAACCAAGAUGGCUGAACCUUAUGCCAAGUCUCUGGAUAUGCUGGAAGCAGAGAAAUCUUCUAUAUUAGGAUUACCUCUUCCUCUAUUGGAACUCAAUGACUACCCUGUCUACAAAACCGUCUUGGAGAGGAUGCAGCGUUUCUUCAGCACCCUCUAUGAAAACUGCUUCCACAUCCUGGGGAAGGCUGGCCCCUCCAUGCAGCAGGACUUCUACACUGUGGAGGACCUCGCCACCCAGCUCCUCGGCUCGGCCUUUGUCAACCUGAACAACAUUCCUGACUACCGGCUCAGACCCAUGCUGCGAGUCUUUGUGAAGCCCCUGGUGCUCUUCUGUCCUCCAGAGCACUACGAAGCCCUGGUGUCGCCUAUCCUUGGACCUCUGUUCACCUACCUCCACAUGAGGCUUUCCCAGAAGUGGCAAGUGAUUAAUCAGAGGAGCCUGCUGUGCGGUGGAGAAGAUGAGGCUGUGGAGGAAAACCCUGAGUCUCAGGAGAUGCUGGAGGAGCAGCUGGUGAGGCUGUUGACCCGAGAAGUCAUGGACCUUAUCACGGUUUGCUGUGUGGCAAAGAAGAGUACAGACCACAGUGCUGCUCCGCCAGCGGAUGGAGAAGAUGAAGAGAUGAUGGCCACAGAGGUGACCCCAUCUGCGGUGGCAGAGCUUACAGACCUGGGCAAAUGUCUGAUGAAACACGAGGACGUCUGCACAGCACUGUUAAUUACAGCCUUCAAUUCCCUGGCCUGGAAGGACACUCUGUCCUGCCAGAGGACAACCACACAGCUCUGCUGGCCUCUCCUCAAACAAGUUCUGUCUGGGACACUGCUCGCUGACGCCGUCACGUGGCUCUUUACCAGCGUGCUGAAAGGGUUACAGACACAUGGGCAGCAUGACGGCUGCAUGGCCUCACUGGUCCACCUGGCCUUCCAGAUCUAUGAGGCGCUGCGCCCCAGGUAUCUGGAGAUCAGAGCUGUGAUGGAGCAAAUCCCAGAAAUACAGAAGGACUCGCUGGACCAGUUUGACUGCAAGCUGCUGAACCCCUCCCUACAGAAAGUGGCCGACAAGCGGCGAAAGGACCAAUUCAAGCGCCUCAUCGCAGGCUGCAUCGGGAAACCCUUGGGGGAACAGUUCCGAAAAGAAGUGCAUAUUAAGAAUCUUCCCUCACUUUUCAAGAAAACAAAGCCAAUGUUGGAGACAGAGGUGCUGGACAACGAGGGGGGCAGCCUGGCCACCAUCUUUGAACCCUGAAUCAAGCUUUUGGGCAUCCUUC